UGCGCUUGUUGGAUUGACGCAGAUGAGUUUAUGGGUAAUAUUUCCCAAGAUUCUUUGGUGAAUUGGUACGAAAAUAAAAAACAAUUAUUUUCGGAACAUGAUAUUUUGAAUGCAGACAAGUUCAACAAGUGUUCACCACCGAAGACAUCAAGACCGGUGAUUGUUUUUCAAGGGAAAUAAUAUGUCAUUAGAAGAUGCAGAAACUCAGGAAAAUUCUCCAGAUAGAGAAGAUCAUUUCACUCUCCUGGAAGAGCUGACGGACGAUCCUGACACUCUGCCAGUGGUAAUCAACGAUGGAGACGGAACGGCCCUCCAGGGAGUGAUUUUAGAGGACCACGAAUUACUAGGGGCUACAUUAACCGCAGUGACAUUUCCCGAUGGAACUCAAGCCUUCGUGGCGAGCCACUCUUCAAGUCCAGACCUAGAUUACAAAGAAGACGAGGAUCUCUCGCAUUCAAUAGUAAUACGGGACGUGGCAGGUCUUGAAGGUAGAAUGGUUCACCUGGAGGUGGACCCAGUGGUCCUUCAGUCUGAGCCCAGCACUUCAAACUCCUCAGACACAACAUACGCUCAAAUCCAGAUAAUAAACGGCAGUGCCUACAUGGUGACGAGUAGACUAGACUCUGAACCCCCGAAAACGAAGAAAAAAGAUUCAAAGCUCUUCUCAGGGGAGUCAGAAAUAAAAAUCAAGUAUGCAUGCCCUCGAGAGGGCUGCAGCAAAGUCUACACGACUCCCCAUCACCUGAAAGUUCACGAGAGAUCGCACACAGGACUGAGACCGUACGAGUGUGAAUUUCCCAGGUGCAAUAAGAGCUUUUUGACAGGAUACAGUUUGAAGGCCCACCAGAGGACUCACACAGGUGAAAAACCGUACAAAUGCACUGCCACAGCCUGCGAGAAGAGUUUUAAAACGUCAGGGGAUCUCCUGAAGCAUAUGAGAACUCACACUGGUGAGAGGCCGUUCCCCUGUCCCUUCGAGGGAUGCGACAGGGCCUUCACCACCAGCAACAUUAGAAAAGUUCACAUCAGGACUCACACGGGAGAGCGUCCCUAUCCCUGCGAAAUAUGCGAGAAGUCCUUCGCUAGUGCGACGAAUUACAAAAAUCAUAUGAGGAUACACUCGAGAGAGAAACCGUACACCUGCAUGGUGGAGAAUUGUGGAAAGUCCUUCACUGAGUAUUCUAGUCUUUACAAGCAUCGGCUGGUGCACACACCAGCUAAGCCAUUCGAGUGCAAGUUGUGUCAUAAAAGUUACAGACAGCAUGGCACACUCGUCAUGCACAAAAGGACAACUCAUGCUCUGGUGGACAGCGACGAGGGGGGCGAUGUUUUUUUGGACGGGGGUGAGGUGGGGCUGGGCAGAGUCAAGAGAAAAAGGAGUAGACAAAAUAAAAUUAUGAUAAGCAAAGGUGCUCAUGUGGAAAUGUCAGAGGCCACUGAAGAAUCAUCUGACAGUGAAACCCAAAUUCUACUGGUUGGGGAUCCAAAACAAUUGGUGGCACUUCAGCAAAUGGGGUUGGAGGAGACUUUCGAUGAUCCUUCAAUCGACACAUCACUAGGACUCAACGUAAAGAUCGAUGGAAUGGAAUUUGGAUGGAAUUGAUCAUACCUAACAGACAAAUAAUUAUAUUAUAAGUUGAUAGCCAUGAGAUCGGAGAUAAGAUAUUUUAUUGUAUGACAUAAUAAACUUGAAAAAAAAAUGAUUUUA